AUGAGUAGCAUUAGUCCAUCGUGUCAAAUAUUAAAAGACGAAUAUGAUGCAUGUUUCAAUUCAUGGUUUAGUGAAAAUUACUUGAAAGGGGAUACCAAAGCUGAUAUGUGUACUAACCUUUUUAAAAAAUAUCAAGCGUGUAUCAAAGAUGCUAUAAAAGAACAUAAAAUAGCAUUAUGGGAACUUGAAAAUGAACCCGCAACAAAAAAAACUUGA